CUCAAUGAAAAGUAGAGGGGAGAGGCGAGCACACUGUACAGCUGCAUGAGAGAGAGAGAGAGAGAGAGAGAGAGAGAGAGAGAGAGAGUAGAAGAAGAGAAGCCAAUUGGAGGGAGCUCUAAAGCUGGUGACAAGUAGAAGAAGAGGACAUACUCGUAUUUUUUCCGUCCUCCUUUAUUUCCCUGAAAGGCCACUCCAGGAUCAAGUGGCAGUCGUUCAGUUUGAGCUGAACUUCACUUGGCUAUGCUGCUGUCUCAGCCCCUUUAAACACUCUCCUGCUGGUUCUCACUUCUUUAAGGAGGUAGUACUGGUCAGUCAUCCCGGGCAGAAGGAAGAGGGUAGGAUCUGUUGGCUGGUUUCUGCAGUGUUGGGGAGCUCCGCAGGAGAGCAGAAUGCCUGCUGGAAAAAGAGGGGAUGGAGCUGGGUCAGGAGGCUGUGGGAUGAUUGCAGUGGACAUAGGCCGGGCUCCUCAAUCUUGGAUGCAGAUGGUGUUGGCGUGGAGUGUUACGGUGCUGUUGGCAGGUCACGGAGGUGCAGAGGCGUGCCCCACUCCCUGCAGCUGCCUGAGCAACACGGUGGACUGCCAUGGCCUGGGGAUCCACACUGUGCCCAAAAACAUCCCCAGAGGCACUGAGAGGCUAGACCUGAAUGGAAACAACCUGACAGUCAUCACCAAGACAGACUUCUCGGGUCUCAAACACCUCCGAGUCCUUCAUCUGAUGGAAAACCAGAUCAGUAACAUUGAGAAGGGAGUGUUUGAUGAGCUGAAGGAGCUGGAAAGACUUCGCCUGAACAAAAACCGUCUCAGCCAGCUUCCAGAGCUGCUCUUUCAGAAGAAUGAAGCCCUGUCUCGACUAGAUCUAAGUGAAAAUGCCAUCCAAGCCAUUCCGAGGAGAGCUUUCAGAGGCGCAACAGACCUUAAAAACCUUCAGCUGGAUAAAAACCAUAUCAGCUGUAUUGAAGAGGGGGCAUUCAGAGCUUUGCGAUCUCUAGAAGUCCUCACACUGAACAACAACAACAUCAGCAGCAUUCCAGUCUCCAGUUUCAAUCACAUGCCAAAGCUCCGCACCUUUCGUCUCCACUCUAACUCUCUGCGCUGCGACUGUCACCUGGCUUGGUUGUCUCCAUGGCUACGGCAGCGGCCAGCUUUGGGCCUCUACACUCAGUGUAGCUCUCCUCCCACACUGAGGGGCCUCAACCUGGCCGAGCUGCGUAAAAGUGACUUUGCCUGCUCAGGUCACAGUGGCAGUGCCUUCGUUCAGCCAUGUAGUUUAGCAUCUGGGUCCUGUCCUCCAAUGUGCUCCUGCAGCAACAACAUUGUGGACUGCCGUGGGAGGGGCCUAACUGCAAUCCCUGCCCACCUCCCUGAGGGUAUGACUGAGAUACGUCUGGAGCAGAAUGGCAUCAAGUCGGUUCCCCCAGGCGCCUUCACAUCCUACAAGAAGCUCAGGCGAAUUGACCUGAGCAACAACCAGAUAUCUGAGAUCGCUCCUGAUGCUUUCCAUGGCCUCCGAGCUCUCAAUUCACUAGUUCUGUAUGGCAAUAAGAUCACUGAGCUGCCCAGCGGAGUGUUCGAUGGUCUGGGGUCUCUGGAGUUGCUGUUGCUGAAUGCAAAUAAAAUCCACUGCAUCCGAGCCAACGUGUUUAAAGAUCUGGAGAACCUGGCUCUUCUGUCGCUGUACGACAACAAGAUCCAGAGUUUGGCCAAAGGCACCUUCAGCUCGCUGCGCAGCAUCCAGACACUACACUUGGCCCAGAAUCCCUUUGUGUGUGACUGUAAUGUGAAGUGGCUGGCCGACUUCCUGCGUUCAAACCCCAUAGAGACCAGCGGUGCACGCUGUGCCAGUCCUCGCCGCCUUGCCAACAAACGCAUCGCACAGAUCAAGAGCAACAAGUUCAGAUGCUCUGCCAAGGAGCAGUACCACAUCCCAGGCACUGAAGACAGACGUCUAAACUACGAGUGUAACAGUAAGCCAGUGUGUCCCGCUAAAUGUCGCUGUGAAGCCAAUGUGGUCGACUGCUCCAACCUCCGCCUCACUAAGUUCCCGGAGCACCUGCCAUCCUCCACUGAAGAGCUGCGUCUCAACAACAAUGACCUCUCCGUGCUGGAGGCCACAGGAGCCUUCAAGGGCCUGUCACAGCUUAAGAAAAUUAACCUGAGCAACAACAAGAUUUCAGAGAUUGAGGACGGCGCAUUUGAGGGCGCUUCCUCGGUGGUGGAGCUUCACCUGACAGCCAACCACCUGGAAUCUGUGAGAGGGAGCAUGUUCAAAGGCAUGGAGGGCAUGCGCAUGCUGAUGCUCAGGAAUAAUAAGAUUAGCUGUAUCCAUAACGGGAGCUUCACUGGGCUGACCAACGUCAGGCUGCUCUCCCUGUAUGAUAACCAGCUGAGCACCAUCCUCCCUGGAGCCUUCGACACACUGCCCAACCUGUCCACACUAAACCUUCUGGCCAAUCCUUUUAAAUGUGACUGCCGUCUGUCCUGGUUUGGGGCGUGGCUUAGAAGUCGGCGAAUCGUGACAGGGAAUCCUCGCUGUCAGGGGCCCGCUUUUCUUCGAGAAAUCCCACUGCAGGAUGUAGCUGUGCCUGAUUUCCGUUGUGAGGAUGGCGCUGUGCUCGAGGACAGCAGCUGUGGUCCGGGGCCUCAGUGUCCCAGCCAGUGCACCUGUAUGGACACAGUUGUGCGCUGCAGCAACAAACAUCUGCAGGCUCUGCCUAGAGGACUGCCCCGCAACGUCACUGAAUUGUAUCUGGAUGGUAACCAGUUCACCAGCGUUCCCAAAGAGUUACCUGCUUUUAAAUACCUGCAGCUUGUUGAUCUGAGCAACAAUAAAAUCAACUCCCUGUCUGAUGAUUCCUUCUCCAACAUGAGCCAGCUCACCACACUGAUCCUCAGUUACAAUGAACUACGCUGUAUCCCUCCUCUGGCACUGGGUGGCUUGCGCUCGCUUAGACUGCUCUCUCUCCAUGGCAACGACAUCUCUGAGCUGCAGGAGGGUAUCUUCAGUGAUGUGGUCUCCUUGUCUCACCUAGCAAUUGGAGCCAACGCGCUGUACUGCGACUGCCGUCUGCUGUGGCUGUCAGAGUGGGUGAAGAGCGGCUAUAAGGAGCCUGGUAUCGCCCGCUGUGCUGGCCCCCGCGGCAUGGAGGGCAAGCUGCUGCUCACCACGCCUGCCGACAAGUUCCAGUGUGUAGGUCCGGUGGAGUCAUCUGUUCAGGCCAAAUGUAGUCCGUGUGUGUCUUCCCCCUGCCAGAACCAGGGCAUCUGCAAAGUCCACCACACACAACAGUACACCUGUGUCUGCAAGUCUGGCUUCACGGGCAAACACUGCGAGACUCCAGUCGACGCCUGCGUCAGCAAUCCCUGCACCAAUGGAGGAACCUGCCUGAGUGAUGAGCAGACUAGAGGAUUCAGCUGUGCAUGUGCUUUUGGUUUCCAUGGCACUUUUUGCGAGGUGAACGUGGACGAUUGUGAGGACCAUGGUUGUGAGAGUGGCGCCACCUGUGUCGACGGAGUUGGCAACUACACCUGCUUGUGCCCUCCAAACUACACGGGUCUGCUGUGUGAAGAAGAGGAAGGUGUUUGCUCUCCUGGUAGAAACCCCUGUCAGCAUCAAUCCACCUGCGUCAGCACUCCAAACGGCCCCAGGUGUGUAUGCAUCCCAGGGUGGGUGGGGCCAGACUGCGGUAUUGAUUAUAAUGAGUGUGUGGAUCAUCGAUGUCAGAAUGGAGCCCAGUGUGUUGACCAUCUGGAUGGCUACAGUUGUGUUUGUCCGCAGGGAUACAGUGGUGAGUUUUGUGAGGUGGCCCUUCCUGCCCCGCUGCCCUGCCAGCUUGCUCAGUGUCAGAACGGUGCCCUCUGUGAGGAAAAGCUGGGAACUGCAGUGUGUCAGUGCCUGCCAGGCUUUGAGGGUCAGAACUGUGAGAAGCUGGUCAGCGUCAACUUUGUUGACAGGGAUUCUUAUGUUCAGCUUCAAGAUGUCAAAAACUGGCCUCAAACGAACAUCACGCUACAGGUGUCAACAGCAGAGGAAAAUGGUAUCUUGCUCUAUAACGGGGACAAUGAGCCAAUCGCUGUGGAGCUCCAUCAGGGUCAUGUCAGGGUCACAUAUGACCCAGGGAACCAACCUGCCACUGCUAUCUACAGCACAGAGACUGUCAACGAUGGGCAUUUCCACACGCUAGAGCUGGUGACCUUUAAUCGGAUGGUGAACCUGUCAGUGGAUGGAGGAGAGCCAACAACACUGGACAGUCAGGGAGGAAGUCGUCCAGCAACAGGGGAGGCCCAUCUGUAUGUGGGAGGUAUGCCUGAGGAAGUGAUGCCAGCCUCUCUGGGUCUCUCCUCUCAGACCCUCAACACGUCAAGCUUCCACGGCUGCAUCAGGAACCUUUAUAUCAACCACGAGCUGCAGGACUUCACUCGCAGCCACAUGAAGCUGGGGGUGGUGCCGGGCUGCAAAGCCUGUCGCAAACUCUACUGCCUGCACGGCAUCUGCCAACCCAACGGUCCACAGGGCCCUCAGUGCCACUGCCAGCAAGGUUGGACAGGACAACACUGUGACCAGCCAGUAACAGGAGGUCUUACUAGAGUGGAUGUUGUCACUCUAGCAGCUGGUGCCAACCCCUGUGAAGGCAGCAAGUGUGUGAAGGGUGUGUGCGUGGUGCUGGAUGCAGAAACAUACCGCUGUGACUGCGAGGAGGGAUAUUACGGUGCACUGUGUAACCUCCAGAAGGAGCCCACGGGCUCAUGCCGGGGUCUGAAGUGUCUGCAUGGCCAGUGUCAGACAACGGAGGAUGGAGAAAGGUGCAUCUGUGAGCAGGGGUACACUGGAGAGAGCUGUGAUAUAGAGUCCCCAUGUCGAGGCGAGCCAGUCAGGGAUUACCACCGGCUGCAGCGUGGCACCAUCCUCUGCCAGACGUCAAAACCUUUUUCCUGGGUUGAAUGUCAAGGUCGCUGCCAAACGACAGCGAAGCCGGACAUCAGCGCCGCCUCCUGCUGCGCUCCUCUGAGGGUGCGACGGCGGCGGCUCACCUUCGAAUGCGACGACGGCACCUCGUUUACGCAGGACGUGGAGAAGCCUGUGGAAUGUGGCUGCAAGGAGUGUGUGUAGUACCAGUGGUGCACACACGCACACAUCCAGACACAUAGUUUCAAUCACAGCAGACACACACCAAGCUAAACAGGUACACACACUGUAGGAUUUGUCUCAUUGAAAAACAGACAUUUUUUGGUGUUUUGUGCUCAGACGCAGUUUUGUAACAUAAGACACUUCUUCCCUUUCGAGACAUGAAAUCAACGAGUCGACCUCAUCAUCAUCAACUUCCUUUUCUUCACCUGCUGUAGGAGAACCUUCUCUAACUACCAAACUCCAGCUCAUUAGUCAUACUUGUAUGGUGAGAAGCCUCUGUAUGCCUUCUCUUUGUUACCCCUAAAAUCGCAACAGCAAACGGUGAUUUGUUGGAGGAAGUAAAGGCGCUAAUUAUUUCAGGACCCAUUUACAAUAAAGAAGCUUUGACAUUCAAAAUUGAUGAGAGAAUUACUCCAUUUUUUCAUCAAUGCAAAACAUCUACCAAACCAGAUUUAAUUAUCUUACAAUAUCACGUUCAACAGUGUUGUUACAGAACUUUAUACGAUGAUCUACUACUGAAAUUCUCAACCUGCCAUCAAGCAUAAACUCAGAAAAAUGCUCAGUUAUUUCUUCACUAAAGCUCAGUCUUCUGUCAUAUCAAUCUGUUUCCUUUCAAAGUAGUCUCAAUUUAGGAAAAUAAGCACAAAUUUGACCUUUUUAUGGUCAAGUGCAGUUAUUUAAUUUAUAUGUAAGAGCUGUGCAAAUUUCCACUUCAGUCUGGCAUCUAAAUUUAUAAAACUAUCCAACGUCAAUGAUCUGAAUAAUAUCACCUAUAACAAUUGAUUGACAGGAUCACUAGACACUUUAUAGCAAAAGCUUUUUAAAAAAUACUAAAUAACACUAAUGCUAAUAAAACAGGCGUUUAUUUGUGGCUUUGGAUAUAUAACUCUAUAGUGCUUCUCUUUCUGUUAUAAUAAACCAAUCAUAUAUUGGUCUUCAGAUUUAUCUUGUCAAGGAAAUUUUUUUGAAAUACUGCACAAUACUAACAUUCUCAUUUCACAAAAUUACAUUUCACAAAAAAUUAAGAUUAAUCACAACACGUUUCUAUGUCGAAUUCAAGAACAAAAAACAA